AUCGCAGCAUAGAACACUUGUGGCGACAGAGUGGGUCUCGGCAGACACCAUGAGAAUGACGAGUUGUACCGGUUCGUGAUACUUAUAAUAGGGGACUCCCCGAGAUCUGGCCCGCGACUGGUGGGUGUUCGCUAUUUCGGUGCAUAGUCAGACUGGCUGUAUGUCCGUUAGACCCUUCGACAAGUGAAAAACAAAAUGACUGUUCAGGCUGAACAGCUCCGCCGUCAAGUCCACGAUGAGUCCGCCUUUUCCGACUCCGAGUCUACAUCCACUCGCCCUGAUCUGCGCGAUAAACCAAUUGAGGAUGAAGCCGAUGAGCAUGACCCCGAAGCCUUGACUCGGCUAGAAACCGCGCAGUCGUCAGUGAAACCGCCCUCAGUGCUUUGGAAGGAGAUCUUGUUCGUUGCCGUCGUAUGCAUGGCUCAAUUCAUGACGCAGGCUGGAUUGUGCAUGUCCAUUGCGCCUGCGCAUAUCAUCGGAGACAGCUUCGGCACCACUAGCGCGGGCCAACUGAGCUGGUUCGCGGCAGCGUACAGCUUGACUGUCGGCACUUUUAUUCUCGUGGCGGGUCGACUUGGAGACGUGUAUGGGCAUCGGCUCAUGUUCAUUAUCGGUUUCACGUGGUUCGGGCUGUGGUCGCUUCUCGCCGGAUUCAGUGUAUGGUCCAACAAGGUGUUCUUUGACUGCUGUCGGGCCCUGCAGGGGAUUGGUCCAGCAAUGCUGCUGCCGAAUGCGAUUGCGAUCCUCGGUCGGGCAUAUCCCCCCGGUCUGCGCAAGGAGAUGAUCUUCAGCUGUUUUGGUGCGACUGCUCCUGGCGGCUUCAUCGUGGGUGGAGUAUUUUCCUCAAUCUUCGCGCAGCUCGUCUGGUGGCCAUGGGCGUACUGGGUGAUGGGCAUCGUCUGCUUUGUGUUGGCGGUACUGGGUGUUCUGGUGAUUCCCGCCACCCAUCGACCACAUUUUAACGAUGGGCUAUCGACAUGGACUCGCCUUGAUGUCCUGGGUGCGACAACCGGCAUCUCUGCACUGGUCCUGAUCAACUUUGCUUGGAAUCAAGCCGCUCUGGUCGGAUGGCCCACGCCUUAUACGUAUAUUCUGCUCAUCGUCGGGUUCGUGCUGUUCGGAAUCUUCGUUUUCGUCGAACGCUCGGCUUCGUGCCCGUUGAUCCCCCGGUCGGUCCUCACUGGAGAUCUGGCCUGGGUGCUCGGCUGCAUUGCUGCGGGCUGGUCCAGCUUCGGCAUUGUCAUCUAUUACUUUUACCAAUUCAUGGAGGUGAUCAAGGGAGACUCGCCUUUAUUAACAACCGCCAAGUGGUCUGCUGCUGCGCCGUCAGGGGCAAUGGCCGCCCUCGUCACGGGGUUCCUGCUCAGUAGGCUGCCACCGAGUGUGAUCAUGUUCUGCGCUAUGUGCUUCUUCACCAUCGGCCAGGCUCUCGUGGCGACAAUACCUUUGCAGCAGACAUACUGGGCUCAGGCAUUCGUGGCAAGUUUGAUCACCUCGUGGGGAAUGGACAUGUCGUUCCCCUCCGGAACUUUGAUUCUGAGUAAUUCGAUGCAUCAUCACCAUCAGGGACUCGCUGCCUCGCUGGUUACCACGACGGUCAAUUACUCGAUCUCGCUGGGGCUGGGGUUCGCGGGUACGGUCGAGUCGAAUGUCAACGACGGAGGGAAAGACGCGCUUCGAGGAUAUCGGGGUGCGCUCUAUCUGGGCAUUGGACUCGCGGGUCUGGGGGUGGUCACUUCGGUGUUCUUCAUGCUUGUUAGUUGGAAGCGAGCCCGGAAGGAAAAGUCUUCAUCAUGA